CUCCAUCUUUACGUUUGGUAACUGUCGUUGUUAUGGAUGUUUUGAUUUUCAACAGUAUUCGGAACAAGACGAAAUAUGAGUCGAGAAAAAAAUGGAAUGGGUUACACUAGUUCCAAAAGUAAACGUGGUUAGAAUGAAAUGUUAUUAAGUUUUAAAUGUGAACGGAAUAAAAAAAUCGAGGAUGGCUUCAUAAAAUGUAGCAUUUUUUUUCUCUUAAGGUAGCGAAGUUGCAUUUGAAAAACGUUGGUCACGUGACGUCAUCACACAGUGUAAGAAGGCUCUGACGUCGGGACGUUGUCACAAUAUACACAACCAUGACAUAGUAUUUAGGAUAAAUAAAUAUGUUAAAUUUGACAUACGUUUCGUAAUGGGUAUUUAAGUUGUAAAGCAGCCAACAAUACACAUGUAACUAUCUAAUUGUAAACUACUUAUCUAUUCUCACAUCUUAUUGUUUUCUCAGUGGCGAUUUUGACAUGUCUGAAGCUCAGCUGAUAGAGGUGAUAGAGGGGGACACCACUCAGCUCUUAGACCCUGGUCUGCAGCAAGAUGACGAUUGGGAGGCUGUGCUUACCCAUGAGGUGCCACAGCAGAGGCUCCUCUCUCCAGAGGCCCAGACCAUCUCAAACAUACUGGAGAACUGCAUUGCUCAAAUCGAGAUUGCAGCAUCUCUGUCUGCCAUCCAACAAUUAGUCUGCUCGUCUAUUGAUAUACAAGAGGAGUUCACUAAGAUCCUUGAGGUGCAUCAGACGUUAAGGGAAAGGCUGGAAACAUCGAAUGACCUCAAGGAGAUAAAAGAUAGACCGGCGGGAGAAGAAAGUGCUCGACGGAAAAGGAAGGCUCAGCUAGAGAGAGACUUCAAGUACUCCGUUAGGAAUUUGCUCAGGUUUUUCCGGACCCACCCUGAUGCAAUUUCGGGUUUAAGACCAGAAGUUGGCAUAGAAGUUGGGGAGACGGAGUGCACACUCAUUAUAGGGCUGAAGAAAUUUCAUGUACAUAUGAUAGAGAGGUUGCAGACCACCCCGGAAGAGGAAAUACUGUUAGCCCUUGAGACAGUGUCACCUGACACGGAACUAAUUGUCAAACUAGAAGAAACAGCUGCAGCUAUCAUACAAAAAGAUGUUGAGAUUUCCGAGAAGAAAGAUGACAUCGAAACUUUGGAGCGUCGUCUUAAGGAGAACCAGAUAGAAGUAGUCGACUGGAAGCUUUUCGCUAACGAACAGUGCCAGUCCCUCAUCAAGACUUCUCAAGAGAAGCAAGCCAACAUCCAGCAGGAAAUAGACCGACUCAACAUUCGAAUCCACACUUCGACACUUAAAUUCAGAGAAGGGGAGAAAACACUCCAGGAGAUAAAUGAAAAUGUGGAGAUGGAAAUUGAAUACUUGCUCCAAAAGUUUGAUGAUGAAAUACAAGAGCACCAGGCUGAUCUGGAGUUAUGUCAGAUGGAUGUUGAGAGGGAGGAAGGGGAACGUAAUAGACUGGAGAAGCCUUAUGCUGACCUGGAGAAGGAGUACAACUACAUCAUGGAGAAGCGUCGACUGGAAGAAGAGAGAAGAGUUGCUGAGUUGAAGCUUAAGGUUGCUCUUUACUGUCAGUCAUGGUGGAGAGGCUAUUGUACUCGCAAGAUCUUAGCCGCCAACCCCAUCGCACCUAGUAAAGGCAAAAAGAAGGGCAAGGGCAAGGGCAAAGGCAAAGGCAAAGGCAAAGGCAAAAAGAAGAAAUAGUCUAGAUUUAAACAUCACGACAGUACACAAUCUGUAUCUGAGCAUUUGGAAUCUUUGUAGGCCUCUUACUAGUGUUUAGAGACUCCUGUCAAAGGAGAACUGUUGGUGUGUGGGUGUGU